GUCUUCUUCCCCGUCUCCCGCCUCCUCGACGGGGCUGUUUGUAACAAUGGCGGCGGCGGAGGAGAAGAGGCCACCCAGCACCAAACUGCACCCGCUCCCCUGUGACACAUUCACCGCGUGUGGAAGCGUUUCGUUGCACAUUUUGGAAAGAAACUGCGUGUUUAUCCGCGUAUCGACUUGACGCACGAAUUAAAUGAGUUAUGUAAAAAAGUGAAAAGGCGUCAAGUGCGCACAUAGAGAUGAGUGAGGGAGACUCAAACAUGGCCGCCGGGAGGGGGCGGGGCUACGCGGCAGGAGCUCCGAUGAGACAUGGCGGCGGCGUUCUUCUCGCCGUUUUAAUGUGAUUGACGUCGUUCAUGGGGGGCGAGUUUAGAGGUGAUGGUAGUGUUAUAAAACAGUCUUUAAUCCACUAACACGGCCCGAGUCGUUCAUAUGUACCCCCCUCCUGCUCGCCUCGGAGGGCGGGAGAAACGGUCCGUCGACCAGAGGAACAUCAAUCAAUCAAACUGACACCCGCGUCAACCGGGACUGCGCCUCGGUGGGCGGAGCGACCAGAGAACGGUUCUUCACACACAGACAUGGGACUUUAGCGGGUUACUCGGUGUGUUGUGUGUUUCGGUGUGUUAUUAAUGGAGAAAAGGACCGUUUGCAGCGUCCGACAGGAGGAACUGGUGGAGGGGGCGUGGCCUCUAUUGUUCCACUCCAACGCGCGAGGAGAACACCUCUGUGGGGCCGUCAGCCAAUCAGCGGCCGCCAUCCCCCCCGCCGGAGCUCCGCCUCCCAGCCUAUAUUAAAGGCCGGGCCGUCAGCCGCGCUGGCCACUGGCACAAUAUAACUGAGAUUGAUCCGCGGAGCCGAGGAGAGGAUCUACUUUCUUCAGCCCUUUCAUUUACAGCCGUCCUUUAUUUUAUUCAACUAAAACAAAACAAUGGCGGACACAGAAGUUGAAAAGUCGGACCUCUCUGCCAAGGAGCUGAAGGAGAAGAAGCUGGUGGAGGAGAAGGAGAACGGCAAGGAGGCCGCCACCAACGGGAAGGAGAACGACAACGGGGAGCCCGAGGUCGACGACGAGGAGGAGGCGGACGAGGAGGACGAGGAAGAUGACGUCGAAGGUGAGGAAGACGAGGACGACGAUGACAUCGAGGGCGGCACAAAGCGGGCAGCCGAUGACGACGAGGACGACGAAGACGACGAGGAAGACGUCGAGACCAAGAAGCAGAAAACCGACGAUGAGCCCCUCCCCCACCCCUAAGCCCCUCCCCCUCCUCUGCCAUCCUGCUGAACCUCUUCCUGGUUCCCCCGGCGGCUGAGGACUGAUUUGAAAGGAGGAAGAAAAUAAUAAUAAGAAUGCAAACCAAUAAAAAGUCCCACAUGUCAGCUCCUCCACGCCUCCAGAGGGAGGACCCGGCUUUUCUUUAACAACAACAAAACAAGGAGAAUUUGUUUGUAUUUUUCUUUACAUUUUAUAUUUUUGUACAUAUUGUUAGGAGGGGGGUCCGCUCCUCUCCCGUCAGACCAACCGGUGCUUCUCUGAGGAAAGAUUUGACUUAGACAACAGAAACAUGUAAACAACAUUCCAGAACACGACUCUUGGUUUACGGAGCUUUUUCUUUCACGUCUUCAUGUAGGAAGUUUGUUGUUUCACAAUAAACCGGACUUUUAUUUUGUGAGUUGUA